AUGACAACCGAGAUUGCGCCAGAGAUUUGGCAACUCAUCAUAGGGUUCUGCCGAGAAGAAGGAGAUGAAGGAGUAUACAAACCUCAAGAGACUUUGGCUACUUGCUUGAGAGUAAGCACGACAUGGUAUCUUCUCGCCGCACCCCACCUCUACGCCUCACCUAUCGUGCAAGAUAUUGCGAGCUUCUUCUAUGGCGCAGAUAGAUUGUUACCUGGAACAACUUUGAAAUCCCUAUCGACCAGCACUUCAUCAUGUUCCGACCUAUACUUAGAAAGCAUCAAAGCUGGAAAUACAAAGUUACCGCUCUUGCAACAUGUUCGACAUCUUAAUCUUAUCCCUCACAACCUCCCACCUCCAAUGGAGGGCACUAAGGACGACCGAAACACGGCUUAUGCCAAAACACUUUCGACCUACAACUCCAUUCUGCUCACACUCUGCUGCUUUAACGUUUUCACAUGUAAAGGAGCCGAUUCGAGUCUCCUCACACCUCGUCUGGAAUCAAUUGUCAUAGGCCCCCGUCAUUCCCCGGACAGCAGGGCUGAAAAGAAGAUUUACUCCCACUUCUUAGAUGAAAUGAUGAAUUUGAAAGUUUUUUUGCUGUCGAUAUGUCGUCCAAAGUACUGGUGUGAGGGGGAGAAGCCUCGUGGCCCAUACUCGGCCACUCGUAUAUCGGGACCCAUCGGAAGGAUGCCUAAACUACCUACAGCAGAAUUCCACACUUCGUUCGUGGAAGGUCCGCCUCAUUUGAUUUGGGGAACGAACAAUAGGGUCACAAUCGUCACAGAGUUUGACGCAAACCGUUCUACAUGGCCACUUUUGGCUCAGUCGAGAGCCGAAUUUCACCACGACCCCGCCUCGAAUGCAGAGAAUGAUAUCGCCAGUGCAAAAGGAUCGCAAUCAACAGACCUUCCCCCGAGCUCAAAUGAGCAGAAUCAGACACUUUCUGCCAACACCGACGAACAGCAAUGGCCGCAAGACUCUGUUGUCGAGAAGUAUCUAAUAGGUGAGAUCUCCUUCAUGAUAUCGAACGCUCGCAAAGUUUACCUGGACUCGGCAAGUGAAGAAUUAAAAGAAAGGUGUGACGUGCAGACAAAGAUAGAGAUUUUCGGCAUCGAGAAAAGAAUACAUAUACCAGGAGGACACGCUGGUGGACCCGCACACAUUGGUAAAAUACUCUUUGUCAAGAACCCAGAUGUAGAUCUGUCACACUGGAGUGGCGUAUGGUCAAGUCGAUUUACGAAACAGGAGUAUGCCGCCCGCCAAUCAGUCUAUCGAGCUGUACUACACAGGAUGGAAAAGGAGAUUAAAGCUUUCCUUAAAAUCGAUGAGAAUGGUUUAUGGGUGGACAACGGCAAAGUAGCACCUGAAAUCAAGUUGUAUCUAGCCAGUGAAUACCAAGGGUGUCAAGCUUGUGGUCAAGGUAAAGAGGAUAGAUGGAGGCCGGAUGACAGACCAAGACUGACUCCCUUGGAUAGUGAUUAUGAUUGGGGAGAUGAACAUCAUACGGAAGAUGAGGAUGAAGUUGAGGAUGAUUCUUACGACGAGUAUGAUGACGAUUAUUAUGGACUUUACGAUGACGAUCAUUAUGGACUUUACGAUGAUGAUGAUGAUAACGACGAUGAUGAUGAUAACGACGAAGGGUAUAGUGACGAUGAUAUGGAUAAUGAAUAG